CACUCCGCAACUUCUGCCGCUGCCUCUCGGGCGCUCUCGGCCGAGCCGCGCGGUUGCUGCGGGCUGCCGGCUGCCGGCUGAGGGGCGGCCAGCCGAGCCCGGGCCGCGGGCUCGCGGGCCGGCGUGUCCCGGGUGACUGUCGGGUGCCGGAGGCGUCCCCGGGAGUCCCCGCGCGGCCGCGGUCCCGUGUUGUCCGCAGCGGCUGGGGCCCCGGGACGUGCGGGGCCGCGAGGCCGAGUCGGGGCGCCCCCACGCGGCGGGCGCGGUCCCAUGGUUAGGCCGGGCGGAGCGGCACCGACGAGGUGAAGCCCCCGGGCCAGCGGCGGGAGCGUGCGGCGGGGCGCCGGCUCCAUGGGCAGCGGUGCACAGCGGCACGAUGAUGGACGUUAACAGCAGCGGCCGCCCGGACCUUUACGGGCACCUCCGCUCUUUUCUCCUGCCAGAGGUGGGGCGCGGGCUCCCGGACCUGAGCCCCGACGGCGCCGGCCAGGUCGCGGGCUCCUGGGCGCCGCACCUGCUGCGCGGGGUCCCCGAGGUGACGGCCAGUCCCGUGCCCACCUGGGACGCGCCCCCGGUCAAUACCUCCAGCUGCUGGGAGCAGAUCAACUACGGCAGAGCGGAGAAAGUUGUGAUCGGCUCCAUCCUGACGCUCAUCACGCUGCUGACGAUCGCCGGCAACUGCCUGGUGGUGAUCUCGGUGUGCUUCGUCAAGAAGCUCCGCCAGCCCUCCAACUACCUGAUCGUGUCCCUGGCGCUGGCCGACCUGUCGGUGGCUGUGGCGGUCAUGCCCUUCGUCAGCGUCACCGACCUCAUCGGGGGCAAGUGGAUCUUUGGCCACUUCUUCUGCAACGUCUUCAUCGCCAUGGACGUAAUGUGCUGCACGGCCUCAAUCAUGACCCUAUGCGUGAUCAGCAUCGACAGGUACCUUGGGAUCACAAGGCCACUAACCUACCCCGUGAGGCAGAAUGGGAAAUGCAUGGCGAAAAUGAUUCUGUCCGUCUGGCUUCUUUCCGCCUCCAUCACUUUACCCCCACUUUUUGGAUGGGCUCAGAAUGUAAAUGAUGACAAGGUGUGCUUGAUCAGUCAGGAUUUUGGCUACACGAUUUACUCCACAGCAGUGGCAUUUUAUAUCCCCAUGUCCGUCAUGCUUUUCAUGUACUACCAGAUUUACAAGGCUGCCAGGAAGAGCGCUGCCAAACACAAGUUUCCUGGAUUCCCCCGCCUGGAGGAGCCAGACAGCAUCCUCUCCCUGAACGGUAUGGUGAGGCUCCAGAAGGAGGUGGAGGAGUGUGCAAACCUUUCGAGACUCCUUAAACACGAAAGGAAAAACAUCUCCAUCUUUAAGCGGGAGCAGAAAGCAGCCACCACCUUGGGGAUCAUAGUCGGAGCCUUCACCGUGUGCUGGUUGCCGUUUUUCCUCCUCUCGACAGCCAGACCCUUCAUCUGUGGCACUGCCUGCAGCUGUAUCCCGCUGUGGGUGGAGAGGCCAUUUCUGUGGCUGGGCUAUGCAAACUCUCUCAUUAACCCUUUUAUAUAUGCCUUCUUCAACCGGGACCUGAGGACCACCUAUCGCAGCCUGCUCCAGUGCCAGUACCGGAAUAUCAACCGGAAGCUCUCAGCUGCAGGCAUGCAUGAGGCCCUGAAGCUGGCUGAGAGGCCCGAGAGACCCGAGUUUGUGCUGUAAGGCAAAACUCUGACUACUGUAGAAAAAAAAGUCAUGAUUCAUGAUCGAAAGUGGAUUAAUGGAGAUGAAAUAAACAAGGCAAGAUAGAGGUGGAAACAACGAAAUCAUUUGCUGAGACUGCAGAAUGGAAUGCAGCUUCUGUCCUUUCUUGAUGGCUAAAACAUGACAAGCAGGGUGAUCUGUUGUACAAAGUAUAUUAUGAGGGAGAUGGUGACCUCUCCUUUUUUUCCUGUGGCUCAGUGCUGUUGUGUGCAAAUGCACGCAGUUCUCCGUUUAGGACAGCCAGAUCAGCUCCACAGUAAGUGCAAGAAUAGAACUGAGUUCCAGAAAGGAAACAGUUUCCGGUGCUUAUGUCCACAUCCAUGUAAGUGGAAGAAAGUUUUAGUGCACAUUUCCCGUGCUUCCAAGUCUAGGCGUUGUGGUGAAUAUUCAGGAAUCAUUCAUGAGACAGAAUGUAUUUUAUUGUAGAAACAGAAGAGUGUUUUUCUAAGCAAACUGCGGUAAGCAUAGUGUUGAAUAUGUUGCAUGUCCGUGUUAGAAAACAGAAUCCUGUUGUCAGCUAAUACAAAUGAUCUCCCAGAGCAGUGUCUGUUUAAAGCGUCUGUCAAAUAGUUCGGCUUUUUGCAGGGUCCCUGUGACUUCCCUACCAACGUACUUCCUUUGUUAAUGUACUCACUGUAAUGGCAUAUCUCAGGAACAGAUCUCAGGAUGGAGAGAAUCAUAAAACCUGACUACAGCUUUCCCUUGCACUCAUUUCUUCUGAGGGGUCCUGCAAGGUGACAGACUCUUUCUGUGAGGAUUUUUACCUGGAUGAAGAGCAAGUGCCCCCUAAAUGUACUGUAUGUUACCGUGGUUUUUGGCACAGAACUUUUGACUAUUGUUCACACACAGGUGCAGUGGGCUCACGGGCUGGUCCAUAACUAUGUGUUUUUCUGGAAGAAGGAUGGGAAUAAAGGGGUUUCCCUAAAAACCUGUGAUGCUUCUGGAAUGGAACAUCAACGUGUUAGCUCUCAUUGCGCAGCACUGUAUUAAACCAAAUUAUGUGAAUAAGAGGUCACCUGGGCCACUGCUGGAAAUGCUCCAGAGCACCAGUUGUUUCUUUCAGAGGGUUUAUUUUUGUGUUCUCUGUGUCUUAAAUCAAAUGUGUGCCUGGCCGAUUCUGUUCUCCCCUCUCCCUUUCCAAAGUGGUAGACAUUAAGGGCAAGCAAGGAAACAGAAAAGUCCCUUUGUGGACAGUAUUUUUUUUUAAUGGUUCUGUGUAAUACUUAUGAUCUAAGGAGACAGAGAGACAGAAGAGUACCUCUAAAGGGAAAAAAUGAAUGCAAACCUUCAUCUGAUAAAAGAAAACUGAAAAAGAAUAUUAUUUUCCUACAAUAAAUGUAGCUAUUCUCUCACAAGGCAAUGUGGAAUUCCAAUGUGGAUUGUGGAUUUCUUCCAGCUUUCACUGACAUUGUUCUUACCACACACCGGAAAGGGUGUUACCUUUCCUAGAAGGGGAGGUGAGCACAUCCUUUCAGACAAAGGUUGUACAAAUUCCUGAACCGCAGAUUUGCUGAAGUGACUGUACAUAUUUACAUUCAUAAUUUAAAUGGUUAAUUCUGGUCAGAUAAAUGUUGUUAAAAUUGAAAAUGUUUUAUUACAUUACAUCAAAUAAAGUUUAUUUGUAGCUCUAAUAAAGCAACUUAAGUAAUGAUUUUUAAUUGAAGGUCUGAUGUCAUAAAUGUUGCCAUAUAUAGAAUGGCAGAAGGACAAGGUUUAUAUAUUUCCUAAAAUUCUCACAGGUAGUUAAGACAGUUCUGUAAUUAAUUGCAUGUCACUGUGAGAAUUUGUCCAUUUUGUAACUUUUUUUUUUUUUUUAAGACUGACUGCCUUGAUUUGGUUAACGAGCAUUUAUUUAGACUCUUGCAACAUUGGGCACUCUGCACACUGAGGGAACAAAGACGGGUAAAGCAAGUCAUUACUUUUAAGGAGUUUGCCAUCAGAUAGAAGGUACACACUUCUCAGAUUGUCAUCCUACAGUGCAGUAAGUACCACAGUAGUUUGCAGGGAAUGGCAUGUUUCCUUCCUGUAGUAUAGGACAGGGCAUUAUGGUUAUUGGAUUGAUUAAAGUUUUCAAAUGGGUUGGUUUAAUAAGUUUAUUAGGGCCUUAGUUAUUCAAAUUGGCUCUUUGUCCUGCCUGACUCGAAUGCCUGGUUACUGAACUCUCUCUGUUUCAUUCUGGCUACAGGGACUGCAUCUUGUAUAUGUGCUUUACAUGUAUGACAGCCAAAUAAAAUGAAAAGGUAGAAAUUGAGAGAAACUAAGAAAAAUAUCAAACAAUUUAUACUACCUCACAUAUGGCAUAAUCUGUGCCAAAGGUCCAGCUUUUUUUUUUUAACUAAGAAUUGGAGGAAUCACUCAAAUAAACAUUUUAUGUAU